AUGUGGCGGGACUCGGGAUCCUCGUCAGAAGAUUCCGAGAAGGAUGUGAAUGGAGAGCCUGAUAACUUUCUGGAAAAAUGCCAAAAUGGGCUAUCGAGUAGCGGCGAAAAUCGGGAAGGCGGCGCUCGAUCAAGUUCCAGCGACUCUGGAGCAGCUGAAAAAGACAGCGAGUAUGAACAGAGUGAUCAAGGUUUGUUCUACAUCCGUUUUUGAUUCAAAAAGUCAAAUAAAAUAAGUUGAUCGGAGUAAAAACAAUUAUUAUGAAAUGGAAACAUGGAAAAGCUUUUGAUAGUCAGCCGUUUUUGCCAGACAAUUUAUUUUACGAGAGUUUUUUUUUCUUCAACCUAACUUCCUCCUUAUCACGGCAAGAAAACUUAUAUUAAAUUUUUCACUCUUGGCUUAAAAAGCAUACAUGAGUAAACGGUUUUUCAAGCCUCUUUUUUUAAAACUUCUCCCAAGUUUUCGUAAAUCAAAGGCAAGACUUCCUCCCUGAGGUUAAAAGCCAAUUUAUUUAUUUUUCUCGUUAUUUUUAAUAAUAUGACUUCUUUUCUCGGUCUAAUUGAGUUAUGUACUUAAUAACGUAUAAAGAGACGAAAAUCAAAAUAACACUGAUAACAAAUGAUCGAUUCGAGCCCUUAUUUUUGUUUAUCGAACCCAACAAGCUAUUCUAAAGAGACCUAACUUUGAAAUUUCAUGCUUGUGCCGAGAGUUUUAUUUUCUAGGCUUUUUUAGAAAUAAUUUUCCUGCUUUACCAUGAUAAUUUUUUUCACAGACGGUGCAAAAAGUGCGCAAAGCUCAGCUUCUUCCGCGGAAAAAAACGAUGAAGAAAGCUCCGACGAAUAUGAACAGGCGAAAGCACGCAAAAGAGGCAUGGACAAAAAAACGAAAAAGGUUUGAGCGAAAAAGGUGUUUGGUUCUGAAAUCACGUAGCGGUCUUUUUAUAAAUACCUAGUCUCUCUCAUUGAAUGGUUCACGAGAAUUAUUAAGUUCCUUAGUCAAUCGAUAGCUUAGAAAAUUGAGAAAAUUAAAUCUCUGUAUUUAUUCAAGAACAUCGGGAUGUUGAAAUAAGACUUUUUUCAUCACAAUUUUUUCCAACAAAGAAACAGAUUUUUUUUUUUGAAAUUAGGUCCAUAAAAAUAUUGGUUUAUGAUGUUUUUUUAUUUGUUUGAUAAUAUAGCCCUGGUGCUUGAUGGUCAAUUUUUGGAUCAGAAAGAUGGUCAAUUCCAAAAUUGUUUCUGUUACAAUCCUGAUUCUCUUCGAGCUUAAUUUUUCGCAGGAGCCAUUCACGCAGCACUUACUUCUUUUCGCAGAAAUAUUUCAAACGUUUUUUUUAGUUGCUCGAAGAUGAAAAUUUGCUGCGACGAUCGCAACGGGCCAAGCCCAACAAAAGCAACGACUCCGAAUCAGAAGUGACCUUUUUCAAAUCCAUGUUGAUAUUUUUAUUCUCUUAUUCAGGACCAACGAAGCGGAUCCGAAGACGGAUGGAGCGAUUCUGGAAGCAAAAAAAGAAAGACAAGGAAACUCACCCGAAAAACCAAGGCGAAAAAUAAAGUCAUCCGACGAGUUGCCACGAAAGUGUCUGUAGAUUAUACGGAGAAAAGCACUGAUGAAGAUGUAAGUUUUGAAAAUCUUGUUUGAUUUGAUAGACAAUUUUGCCCGCUUACAAUUUUUGUCUUAAUCUGGUCUAUCAUCUAUGUUUUCAAGGUCGAUGAAUAUCUAUCUAAUUGAGACGAAUCGAAAAAAAAAUGUUCUGAAAUUUCUCAUUUUGCACACAAUUUUCUUAUUUCUCGAGGCUCAACACCGCAGCGCUCUCUUAAUAGAUGCAAUUUUGAGGUCGAUGAAGACGAUGUCCUUGAGUGGGAAGAUGAGAAGUCUGUGGUCCCAGAUGCUAGCGUUUCUGGGAGCAAUCCUUCGGAGUGCGUCGAAAGGGUCAGUCUACCCCAAUGUUUCCCUACAAAUUCUGAAAUAAUAGCCAAAAAUCUUCAUUUUUAAUUUUUUUUUUUGUGAAAGUUAAACCUUUUCUGAUUGAGAGAAUAGAAAGUUUUUUUAUGGCAAGUAUUACAGAUAAUCAAGUGGCGAACGGGUGUAUCUGGGGCCACUGGCUCUCAAACGACUUGCUAUAACGUCGCAGAAAAGGGCGACCCUAACGAAGCCGAUGGCGAGAAGAAAGAGCCGCAGUUCCUCAUCAAGUAUUCCGAGAAAAUUGAAAAAGCUGAAAGAAAUUCAAAAUAAUAUGCAGAUGGAUAGGGUGGAGUCAUAUGCACAACACGUGGGAGUCCGAAGGUUCCCUGCUCUCCAUGGGCGCCAAGGGAAUCAAAAGAGUUCACAACUUCAUCAAAAGACAACAGGACAUCGACAGCUGGUUUGUCAGGGGAAUACUAGUUGAUUGAGAAUUUAUUUGAGGCGUCGAACUGCCGACAAGGAAUACAUUGAGUUUUUCGACUGCGAGCAAGUGAUGGCCGAAGAGUUGUGCGAAGAGUACAAAAUCGUCGAACGGAUCGUCGCUCACCAAGUGAUCCAUUCCCCAUUAAAAUGUUCAUUCCUGGCUGCUUGCAGUGCUCUCGCGAAAAAGCGGCAGAUGGGAGCGAAACGACAGAAUAUUUCGUGAAAUGGAAUGGUUUGCCGUACUCGGAGUGCACUUGGGAGGACGAAAAGCUUUUGCCAAAGGAGAAAAUCGACGAGUACCACACGAGGCUGGAGAAUUGCCGAACUCCUUGCAAAACUGCCCAGGUUCCUUUUUCAAGCUGUACUUCUUCUUCCUACGCUUUGUUUUUGAAAUCCACAUUUCUUGCUUGGGGAUCGAACUGGUGACCCUGUAAACCAUAGACAAGCACAAAACCGGUUGCGCUACGAUGCGCCCUUUUCUCAAGCUCUACUUAACUUCUUAAUCGACGAAAAAUAUCAGAAUCUCAGGAAUAGCGCAAAAUUGAUACGAAACAUAUUUUAGUGGAAAAGACUGAAGAAAUUAAUUUUUAUCAUGCUCACUAUGAAUCGACAAUUUCUUCGUUAUUCUGCCUGGGAUGUUAAAAAAAAAAUAGCGUACCCCGAAAAAAGUGAACUUUUCGUUGAUUUUUUCGUUGCACGCCGCGUUGGACCUGAAUGGCAUGCAUCCCUGGGGCGAUCGGUCGGAAAUUAAAAAUUUUUUUUUGAGCUACCGUAACACCCUAGGAUGAAACUGUAGAAAUGGUUAUAUUGGGGAACUAACCACUUUGAAAUCGUGUACGGAAUAAGUACCUUAAUAGGCAUUUAAAGCUAAACGGGGUACACCCCUGGUUACACUGCGGGGUGCACCGAGAGUUUGACGCGGGGUGCACCGCAACUUUUGUACUACGAUUCAUACUACAGGUAUUGCGGAAACGGCCGCGGUUUGUGAAAAUGGAGGAGAUGCCGUCGUUCCUGAAGCCCAACGAGCGACGGCAGGAGCUGCGUGACUACCAGCUCGAAGGCCUCAAUUGGAUGCUCCACGCCUGGUCCAAACACAAUUCUUCGUUCGUUUAUCGCCCUCUUUCCCGCAUUGACAGCGUGUUGAAGGAUCUUGGCCGAUGAAAUGGGUCUUGGCAAGACGAUACAGUCGAUCUCCUUCCUGGCUGCUCUUUUCCAUCGUCAUGACCUGGCGGGACCUUUCCUCGUCGUCGUCCCGCUCUCGACGAUGGCAGCCUGGCAGAAGGAGUUCGCCCAGUGGGCUCCUGCCAUCAACCUCGUCACCUACAUGGGCGACGUCGUCAGCAGGGAGCAGGUCAGUUAGCAUUCAUAAAAGCGAAAGACCUCCUCUUUAGAUUCGUCAGUACGAAUGGUAUCUGGGCGGCACCAAGAAAAUGAAGAUCAACGCGAUUUUGACGACAUACGAAAUCCUUCUAAAAGACAAGGUAACGCAGAAAUAAUCGUUCGUUUUUUUUUGUAUUCACCCGUCAGGUGAUGGAUAAAUGAUGGUUCGUCAAUAGAGGGUUAGAAUUGUUCGAACAAUAUUUUUUAGUCCAGAAAUACAAAAAUAAAGUGUUAUAGUCGUUCUUGGGGUCGGUGGACUGGGCGGCGCUACUGGUUGACGAGGCACAUCGACUGAAAAACGACGAAUCCUUGUUGUACAAGUGCCUCAAGGACUUCCGCUGCAACCACCGGCUGCUCAUCACCGGAACGCCUCUUCAGAACUCGCUCAAAGAACUCUGGGCGCUCCUCCACUUCAUCAUGCCCGACAAGUAGGCGUCCGAUUCACACCUUAAACCGGUUCUGGAUAGGUUCGAGAGCUGGGAACAGUUCGAACAGGAUCACAACGACAAAGAUCACAAAGGCAUCUCGGCGCUUCAUCGCAAGCUCGAGCCAUUCUUACUUCGGCGUGUGAAGAAGGACGUGGAGAAAAGCCUCCCUCCGAAGGUCCGUCGAUCCGUUUCUUUUUGCUCUAAACUGAGUUUCAGCUGGAGCAAAUCCUCCGUGUGGACAUGACCGCCAUGCAGAAACAGUACUACAAAUGGAUUUUGACCAAAAAUUAUCGCGAACUUUCGAAAGGAGUCAAAGGCGAGUUUGGCGAAAGUUUAUCUUUAUUUGAAAGCGGCUGACGUUUCUAUCACAAGAUCCAGGAUCGUAUAAUUUGUACUUUAUAAUGUAAAGGAACAUAAGUAUGGGUUUACCAUUUAUUCGAUGGAUAAUCUUUACGUUUUUUUAGGUUCAGAGUAGUCUUGAAAAUUUUUUUCGAAGAUCAAAUUUAAAAGCUCAGGCGAUUCCAAAAAAGGUGUUCGGAAGGUAACCAGCAGGUGGUUGGAAGGUGAAUGGAAGCUAAAGAAGGCCUUAGUAAGGUGUUCAGAAGGUAGUUGGAAGGUAAAAAGUUGAAAAUGCCUGUCAGAAGCCCUCCAUCACGCUACUGGAAAGUGAAUAGAGGUGUUCGGAAGGUAUAAGUUCGACCACUUGCUGGAAACCUUCCAAAAGGAAGCUUCCUAACUUUUCCUUGAGAGGGAAUUUUUUUUUUUACCUCCCUGUAAGUGUACCUUAGGACCUCCUGACUUCAGAACAAAAAAAUUUCUCGCAGUAGAUCUCGUUUUCCAGUUAGGACACUUCAAAGUUUUGAAAUAGCGCUUUUUUCUCAUAAUUUGUGUAUUUCGGAGAUUUUGAAGCUUCACAACUCGAAAACGAGAUCUAUUGCAAGAAAAACGCUCCCUAAUUGGGUUUUUAACAGGGAAUUGAGACUUCAGGAAUAUUCUGUAAAAUUUAGGCUCAAUAAACGGUUUCGUGAAUCUGGUGAUGGAGCUGAAGAAAUGCUGCAACCACACCUCCCUCAUCCGCCAGUACGACAACAUCGAGUCCGACGCUCAGGCUCGACUUCAGGUGAGACAGCCCUUUGUUCUCCUGGGUAAUCUGCUUUCUCAGCAACUAUUGAAAUCGUCGGGAAAGUUGAUCCUCCUCGACAAACUUCUCUGUCGCCUCUACGACACCGGCCAUCGGGUUCUGAUUUUUUCGCAGAUGGUCAUGAUGCUCGACGUCCUCCAGGAGUAUCUUCAACUCCGGCGGUUUCCAUCUCAAGUUGGUUUCAGGACGGAGGAUAGUGAGAUAACAUUUUUCCAGAGAUUGGACGGUUCAAUGCGCGCGGAUAUGCGCAAGCAAGCUCUGGACCAUUUCAACGCCGAGGGCUCCACGGACUUUGCUUUUCUGCUCUCGACCCGCGCCGGUGGCCUCGGAAUCAAUCUAGCCACUGCGGAUACUGUACGGCUAUUAGGAAAUCCUUAUAAAAUCUUCGUUGCCCUAGGUCAUAAUUUUCGACUCCGACUGGAAUCCUCAAAAUGACCUUCAAGCCAUGUCGAGAGCUCAUCGCAUCGGACAGACGAGACAGGUUUCCAAAAAGACGAAAACUGAUAUUAGAAUCUUACAAGAAUAAAAUGCCAAUAGAAAAUGAACGGGUUCAGUCGGUUUUUCCAAGGAAAGGCUACUUUAAACUCUGCUUUUUCUUUACUUCUUUACUUCUUUUUUGUUUUCUCUGCGCCCUCCUCGCCUAUCCACGACCCUCUCUUGUUUACGUUCUAUUUUCGCGUUUUUCUGACAUCGCCGGUGAGGGAACAGAGAGUCGCAGACAUUCGAAAACUGUCAAGUCGCGAAAAACGGGCUAUAGAAAGAACAUCUGAAAUUGGCAUUCACUUUCAAAAAUUAGGAAGUUGGAUGAUUAUCAGGUUCUUAUUCAUUCCCUGCCACAUGAAGUUUUUUGAGAGCAUUUCCCGAAAGUUUCAGAGCCCAAACUACUGAAAAAAGUUACAAUUUUUAAAAUUUCCAGUUUAUUUCAGUGGAAAUCAAGACGUUCAAGAAGAGUGAAAAAGUUAACAAAAAACUGAAUCUUUGAAUUCAAUCUAAAGUUCAUAUUAACCUCCAUGUUUCGCAAGCUUCACGAUCAAAAAGAAGUUGAUCUCAGGUGAACAUCUACCGACUCGUCACGAAAGGGUCCGUCGAGGAGGAAAUCGUAGAGAGAGCCAAGCAGAAACUGGUCCUGGACCAUCUUGUUAUCCAACGGAUGGACACGACCGGCAAAACAGUUGAUUUCCCCGUUUCAAAGCGUUUCAUCCAAUUUUUUUGAGGUUUUGUCAAAAUCGUCGGCGACUGGAAGCGUUCCUUUCGACAAGCACGAGCUGAACGCCAUCCUCAAGUUUGGUGCCGCCGAGCUGUUUAAGGAAAAAGAAGGGGAGGAACAAGAACCCGAGGUCGACAUUGACCGAAUCCUCAUGGGCGCCGAAACGAGAGAGGCCGAAGACGCCCAAGUUCGUCGUGCUGAAGAUUCUGAUCGCAUUAUCUGCUUUUCAGGGAAACGAUAACGAGCUCUUGAACUCCUUCAAAUACGCGACCUUUGCAUUCGACGAAGAGAAGGACAUUGCUGCGGCGACGCGUGAAGCCGACAAUGCCGAGUGGGACGCCAUCAUUCCCGAGGAGGACCGUCGACGCAUCGAGGACGAGGAGAAAAUGAAGGUUCCUCCUUCCCCACUACAACCCUUUCCUUUCUUCCAAUUUAACCGUUUAGAAAUCGUGUGCGCAAUUAGUACCUUAAUAGACAUUUGAAGCUAGCCGGAGUGCACCCAGAGUCCAACGCAGAGUGCACCGCUACUUUUGUUAGAGUAGACAGUUUUAAGAACCCUCAUAAGCUCAAUAAGUGAAAGUUCAAUACUAACGUAGGAAUUCAUUUUUAAACGCCUUUUUCCUGCACUAAGAAGUAGUUGAAAGAUUUUUCUACGUUCUCAAUUUAGUUCAAAACCUUUCAAUUUUUUUUUUUUGCGAUUUUACACAGUUAGAAGUGCACAACGAUAGAUGAAUGUGAAUAGCAUUGAAACUUGCGAAAAAAUUUUUUUUAAUGUUUGAGAGAUUCCUUUCAUUUCUCGCGUUUUCUUCGAUCUUUUUGUGUAUUAAACAUAGUUUUAAGGCCCUCGCCGAAAUAAAUCUUGCUCCGCGGGUGAGAACGAAGGCUUUGGUUCCGCUCGGAGCGCAAGAGAACGGUUCGUCCUCCAGCGAAGACGAGGAUGGCGGCAAAAAGAAAAAGAAAAAGGUCGCACAAUUUUCUUUUAUUUUUAAUAGUUUUCGGUUCAGCCUUUCGGAGACUUCUCAACUCAAGAAAUCAAGAGAUUUGUUCGAUCGAUUCGAAAGUUCGCGCAGCCUCUGGAAAGGUUCUUGUUGGCCACCCUGCCUUGUAACCUUGAAAAAAAAAGAUUGGAAGCGUUGGCCCAAGACGCGGAGCUCGAAGAGCACAGCACCGGCGAAUUGCACCGACUGGUCGAAGCGCUGUUGGAAGGCUGUGCGAAGGCUGCGGAAGAGUACAAGAAGAAGGAAAAAGAUGAAGAUAAAAAGGUGUUUUUGUCUGAAAAGAUUGAUCAAAGGCAGUGUUCUAGGAGAACGAGAAGAAAGACAAAGGUCCCAACUUCAAGUUCGCUGGGGUGGAAGUCAACGUGAAGCAAAUCAUGAAGAGCCACGAGGAGUUGGAGCCCCUCCACGCAGCUUUGUCUGAGCCUUCGAAAGCCUCCUCCUGGCAACCGCCGAGAAGUGCGCGGCCCCAGAAGGUUCGUUCUUAUCUGAUACUUCAACCAAUUUUACCUUUUUUUAUACAAAAAUGACUCGACUGUGAGAUAACCGCUUCUCAUUUUUUAUGAAAACAGUUUUGACGAGCUUGAAAUUCUUGAAUCGGUGUUAAACAAUAUAACUGCUCAUUUAACUUGGUCGAUCAAAGUUUUAGUUCUUUCUCAAAAGCUUCCUGAAUGAUGUACGUCUUUCAGAAAUCUACCGCAGAAUACGAUCCCUUAACUCCGUUUAUAAAAAACAAUGAAAGAUUAAAAGUUUUUUUUUCUCAAAUUUCUAUGCCUUUUUGUUGCUUUUUGAAAAAAGGUCAUUUUUAUUAUAAGUUGGUGAGGAUUUUUAAAUGAGCUUGAGCAAUUUUUCAAUAAAUACUAUUAGUUGUAUCACGUGGAAAUUUCCCUGUGGAAAUUUCAUUUUUUUAUUUAUUUUUUUAAUUUUUUUACAAACGUGAUCAUGCGGUAGCAUUAAGAAACUUCAAACCAUCAUGUCUUCGUGUCUAGAAAUGAAAUUUUACGUACAGUACUGUCAGAAAAGAUGCGAAAAAACGCGGCUUUGGUCACAACUUUCUUUUCCUGAAAGUUUCUGAAGCUGAAUUUUUUUUCUGUGAACUGAAACUUCUUCAGAGUGUUAAAAAUAACAGUCAUCACAACUCCAGAAAGUUUCAGAAAGAUUGAAUUUCUUACAAAAAUGUGACCUGAACCCCGUUUUUCGUAUCUUUUUUGAAGGUACUGUAUAUAUGAAACAUCAAUGAACUUCCAGAAAAUUUAGAAAACGCAGAUUUUAUUUUCAAAAAAAUAAGUUCUCAAAUAAAUUUAGGGUUGGGAUGUCGACUGGACGUGGGUAGACGAUGGCGCAGUCCUCUGGGGCAUUUACAAGUAUGGACUGUGCAGUUGGGAAGCGAUAAAGCUCGAUCCGCAGCUUGGGCUCGCUGACAAGAUCUUUAUCAAAGACAAGGUUAUUCUUUGGUUUUUUUUUUCUUCCCUCUGUGCAUCCUCCACACGUGUCAGUUGUUCAAAACGCCUCUUUUCUCUGGUGGCUGCUGCUCGAUUUUCGGGUUUUAGUCGAAAAAGCCGCAGCCCAAGCACCUACAGCAACGCGUCGAUUACCUGCUCAAGUUGAUGAAAAAUCCGACAACCAACAACGAGAAACGAAGAACGACAGGUCCUGAACGAGUUGAGCGCAAGCGGAAGAUGGAGAACGACAAGGAGAAGGACAAAAAUGCUCGUCCUCUCGAGAAGGUUAUCUCUUUUCUAUUUGCAGAAAGGCUAUAGCCAAUUCACGGCUAGCUUGGGGGCGUGGCCUGUCUGCGCUCUCCACCAACCAGACACUGUCUCUUUUUUAUCGUGUCAAAACCCAAUUUUUGAUGGCUCAAGUCUGCCGUGAAAAAGCUAUAUAGCUAUAGUGCUGGCGUUUGAAAGAUGCGACCGCUUUUUUUUUGCUCCAUUGCAAAUUAAUAAAAUACGGACGUUUUGUGAAUUUUCAUUAUUCUUUUAAAAUAGAAUAAAAGUGUAGUUUUUCCGAUUGUUUGCUAGUAAGUAUAGAGAUGCCUCUUUUUUAUUUUUGACAUGUUCAUUUUUCAAACAAUUUUUCAAGAUUUAAGACCGCAGAAGUCAAAAAUUAGGAAUUUCUUGGCCCGUCUUCCUUUUCUCAACUAUGGAGCCGUGCCACGAAAUUACACAUUUUUCUCUUUUUCAAUAGUUCUGUAUGUGAAAAUGUCACCAUUUCGCAGGAGAAAUUGAAAGGUUCAAAUAUAUUUUUUUUUCUGCCCUUGUCUCAUAAUUUUAAACUCAAAUUUGGGAAAUUUUCAGAAGCGCUUUUCUUUAUAGGCGAGGUCAAGCUUAAUUAUCAUUUUUUCCAGAAGAAACGAGAAGAGACUAAAGUCAAAAAAGACGCUGCUCGCGGCGACAAAUCGUUCUCCGAUCAACUUCAACUGCUCAUCAUCGACAAGUCCUUGUACGCGGCCGCAUUGGAGGACCGCACACAGAGUCCCUUUUCUGGUAACUUUCUGACUGAAAGAGAUCCUGAUCGCUUUUUGCAGAAUGCGUGAAACUUUGCCAGCCUGUCCAUAAAUACAUGAAGAAGUUGAACGAGGCGUUGAAAGCGCACAACGAGGCCGACGAAGCUAAAUACAUCCUGCGGCUAGGAGAUUCUUUCAAAGAUAGUUUAGAACAGUUGAUGAAGAGGCUAGUGUCUGCAAAGUUUCCGCUUUCAAUCCCCUUCUUCACAGGAAACCCAACACUAACCUUCGAAAAUGGUACAACUAUCUGUGGAUCUUCCUGUGCAAGUUCGUCCCACGAGAACCCGCCGAGCUCGCUGACCGAUAUCGCUCGCUCUGCUCCUUGGUAUCCGGCAGGAUUUGGUCGUCUUUUCAUCGAUCGGAUUUCAGAAUAAACACAAACACCACAAGGAUAGAUCUCCUCAUCAACGAAAUCACAAAGAUGGCAAGGAAAAGCCCAAGCACCACUCUCACCAUCAUCAUCACCAUCAUCAACAAAAGGUUUUUUACCAUACAAGAAAAUUUUUUAACGAACCAAGCGAAGUUUUAAUCAAUUUUUUAAGCCCUAAUCUUUCACGCCCUGGAUCUCCUAAAACCCAUCUUGCGAGCCCUAGUUUUUUUUUUUGCAAGGUGCUCUCAUGACACUGAAAAUAAGUAAUUUUUGAGAAUUUCGAACAUUAUAGUAACUGAAUUUCAUUAUUAAUUUUUUUUCAAAACUUUUGAAUUAUUUUCUUAUUUCACAUUUUAAGCGGGGCUCCGAUUUUUUCGAGUUUUUUAACUGCAACUUUGGGUAGAAACUUUUCCAAAUCUUUAUGAGGCUAGAUAGACAGCCUGUGGGUUCUUUUGAGCGUUUCUUUGUUUUACCGAAACUCGGAAGGUACACCCAGGGCGUGAAAGAUAAUAAGGCAUGGAAAGGGCGUGAAAAUUAGAGCGUGAAAGAUUAUAAGCCAUUUUUUUCCUGAUUAGGAAACUCCAGGUUUUGCUCUACUGGUUUUUGACAAUUUUUUAUCCAAAUUAUUUUAUUUCACCUUUUUUUCUUUUUGCAAGGAUAACUCAAAAGUAAUACUAUUCAACACCUGGCCCAAAUUUUGAAAAAAAGCUAGAAAAAAGGCUAUUUUCUAUUCUUCAGGAUAAGAAAGAGCCCAACAAAAAAUCGCCAAAAAAGCAUCGAGAGAGCUGA